AUGGCCCGGAAGCCGUUGCCCUCAAAGCUCAAGCUGGACGACAUGCCACUUGAGCUCCCGCUUGUGUGCUUGCUUGUCUCCAACGUCUUCCAUUACAUCCCUGACCGCUUAUGGCCACUUGUUGCUGGUGGCUUGCGUGAUCUCAAUGGUGCCCAGCCAGGGUCUGGAGGUGCUUAA